AUGCUAACCAACGAACUUCCCAUGUCGACACCUGCGAACAAGCCUUUGAACCACACCCUUCCCCGUUUCCCCAAUUGCCUGUUUCCUGUGGUUUGUGGCGAAACAACGACAGACACUCGACUCCGUCCCAUCUGGCUACCACAGACGCACACGCCCAGUGAGCUGUCGCCCCUUUUCAAACUUGCGAUACGCAAGAGGGCGAUCGAGGUUUUCGGGCACAUCCAUACCCCGCAAAUUGCCAUGGUUUGGAGCAUGGGAUUUUGCUUCCCCCGUUUAUUAUGUUGCGACCCUCGGCUCCUCGUCAUUGCAAGGAGCACCACCGCUCACUUUGCUCGCCGCAUGUCACAGGAACAUAAAAUUUACGGCAUUUCCAUGAGGAGUAUUCUCGGCCAUCUCGGCGAUCUCGGCGAAAAGAGCUUCUUAAUGGAGCCACAAGUCGACGUUGAAGAUGGAAAAUCAUGUCGACGUUCCCGUGACGGCCAAUCGACCUUUUCGCCUCCUACCCCGGAUCCUGAUCUCAUCAAUUUGAUUCCAAAUGCCCCUUGCUCCUUCUUGAGGCCAAAGCCAGGCGAUCAGGCGAUCGUUGAUAGACCGGGGAGGAGCGCCACGUUCCUGAACCCUGACGUAAAGUCUCACGGGUCGCCUGGAGGCUGGAUGCGCAAGGAGCGGGCACCAAGGACGCCCACGGAGACGGUUCACUGGGAAAGUGGGAAUGCAGUUGCUGCGCCGACGAGAGAACCCUGGAAACUGGCAUACCGGAUACAACUCAAGAUUUUGAUCAAUUCGUUCAGAGAUGGCACUCUUUCAGCCAGAGAGCAUUUAAGCUGCGUUAGCGGCAAUAAUCUAUUUCUGCAUCAGCAUAACACCGGUCACAGCCAGUGUUCCGACGAUGCACGACAUCCAUCGCAUCUCGAUCCCCCACCACGUGGUUUUGCAACUCGACAAAGACACUAUCGCGAAGACAACAGCUCAAACGUACCUACUCGCUCUGGUGCUCUAGAGAGCGUCCGGGCCCGCGGAUAUAAGCUGCAAUGGAAGAUUGAUCGUGAUGUCUGGACGCGCUACCACACCAGAGCUUCCUCACUUGGCUGGCUUCGGGAGGCUUGUGGUACUAUUCAACGCACCUACCUACACAACUACUCAGAAAUCUCGAUGGUGGCUCAGACAGCCGAUGGCCGCCUGCCCAAAAUCCGUUCCAGCUUGUCUCUUUGGCACGCCGGUUUAUCCAAAAGCAAGUCGGGCUGGGAUAAAGACAUCGUGCCAUUUCAACAAUCCGGCCAGAGUAGUCCGUAUUGCUCGUCCACCAUCUGUCAAUACUUGGUGCCAUGUGAGAUGCCCGGCUUGGGGAAACACUGGGAGGAGGUUCUGCUUAUGCUGUGCUACAUGCGCAAGCAGCCCGAGGAGCCGGACUCAUCGGGCCGCCGGGACGAAUUGGUCCUGUGGAAGCCAAAAUGCUUCCAGGACUCUGCUGAUACCGGCCAAGCCUUAGUGGAAUGCGUGGUGUCUCUUUCGCCCGCUUUCAAACAUCCCAGCGGUGUUACGGUAAGGUUGACGCUUCUGAGGCUUCAAUCAACAUUGAUAGCAUCCGCAAGGACUGCGGAUUUCAAAUUCUCGGCCCCAUUUCUCAUUCAAACUGUUCUAACCCUGAGCCGUUCCGCCCCGAUUUCCAGAGAAAUCCACGAGAAUCGGGCGGCAGUGCCCAAAUGGUCUCUCUGGAUCCCUGUUUCCGAUUCACACGACGUGUUCGCAGAUCGGACGGCGGGCCCCGGAUUUCGCGAUCCCCUCAAGUUCUGCAGGGCAGUCCGCAUCGUGGCAUGGUCAAAAACAGGGCUCCCUGGCCCCUCGAACUGGUUCCUUUGUUGGAGCGAUCGAAGCAGCCAACGUGCCAUCGGAACAUUCACAGCCCCGAUUCCAACGCUCUGGGACCCAGCCGAACACCCCCCCGUCAGCCCUGCACCUACCAGACGAACGAUUGACCGUCUAUCAGAGUUCACGAUCUCAUGGGAAAUUAUCACCAACGGUCUGCAUCGUGUUUUCUCGGCGGUGCCAUUUCGAUCCGCUGCCGCUAACUAUCACCGCUUGGGGUUCCCACUAACGAUGGGUCAACCUGCAGCGGGAGUUCCUGUCUCCAUCGCAGAGGCUCGAGAGGGUAAGGGUAUUGGUACUCUGGAUCGCGCCUACUGCGCUGCGACACUUUUCCUUACCAACACUCCAAGUGGAGAUGAUAUCUGCCCAAAUCAUUUGAAGUCGAAUUCUGGUGCAAGCGCAAACAAGAAGCAGAACGUCCUUGUGUAA